CAGUUUAUAUCUAUUUAAUAAAGUAUAAUUCAAGAUAGAAUAUUUUUCAAAGAAAUGCUGUAGAAAUAGGUUUCUACAAAUUACGUCUGCUAUUCUCCUUCAUCUAAGUAGCGACAAAAUGGAAAUUCUUUUUCUCCAUCCCCUCGAGAUACAAGAUAAAUAUCUCCCUCUAUCAAUUCUUCAAUAUUAAACUACACUGCUUCUGAACCAAAUUCUGCUCGAAGUGUUUAGAUUUCAGGAGUUUCUUUGAUAUCAAACGGAAAUGCUAAUAUUAAAUAAAGCUCACCUAUUAGAUAAAUGUCACCAUAAAUAAAUAAGGCUAACACAUUAAAACCGGUAUGCGAAGGAAUUUACUAGCUAAGUCCAUAAGCUUAAAAUAAAGGUAGAAAUUAAAUUAGAAUUCUUGGUAACGAAAGCCCUUCUCAACCUAUCACAUAAAAUAAUACAUAAUUUUUAAAGACAGCUCCUGUGCUAACUCCAACAAGCGGAAAAUAGCAUGCUUAAUAGGUGCAAGCCAAACUUUAACCUAAUUUAGCAAAUAAUAAAAAUUUACCCUAUUAAAUGGUAAUUCAGCCGCAUAUUUAAUAAAAUUAAUUUAGCAAUUAAGCUCAAAAUAUUUAACCCAUUUAAAACCUACAAAGUAAUCCUUAAGUAAUAAAUAAUGGGACUAAUAACAUAGUUUAUAUAAAUCAAGAGACCCAAAAAAGAAUUGAGGAACAAAAUAAAAAAUUUAAUAAAUUAUUCUCUAAAGAUAAAGGACAGCAUAAUCCAAAUAAUUUUUCCUUCAGUUAGAAGAACUAGUAGAGUAUUCAAAAUUCUCAAAUAUAAUAGUAGAAUUAGUUUUAAUAAUCAAAUUAACAGAAUUAAAACCAGUUAGAAUCAUCAAGGACUUUGAGAAGCGCAUCUUCAAAUCCUAAUAUAGCUGCUAAUACUUAGCCAAUAUAACUUUAAUACGUAAUUUCUAGAAACUAACUUAAUUAACCGCAAUAGUAGUAAUAAGCUAACAUUAUUCCUGAUAACAGUAAGCAGAUAAACUAGCAGGUUAAUAAAAAUUAAAUUUUGAGAAACAGUAUUAGUUAACUUAAAAAUAUAGAUGAGAAUAUUUAAAAGUAAAUUAAAUCAAACGUAGAAGAUAAAAUGUAACAAGAGCAAAAUAGCUCUUUGCACUCUGAAACUUUCAGCUUAAAUGGGACAUUCGAUCAAACAAGAGAAAUUUUAAAAGAGAGAAAUUUACAAAAUAUGAUUAACACAGCAUCUAAAAAUUUUAGUAAAGCAUAAUCACAUGAAUAAAAAAUUAUAGAAUUACAAACUGAUAGAUCUUAAUUGCUAAAAAUGAUAGCGACAAAGCAACUCGAAAUAGAUGAUCUUAAAUAAAAAAACAACUAAGAAGCCAUAUUGAUAUAAAGGAUAGAUAAAUUAGUAGAAGAAAAUGAGUAGCUAAACUUUUAAAAUCAAAAAUUAGCUUAGGAUUAUCAAUAACUUAAUGAAAGAGUAAAUUAAAACUUAAAAUAUAUGAAGGAAUACAAUUUACUAAACGAAGAGAAUUAGAGUCUUUGUGAAAAAACUGAAGAAUAUUAAGAACUUCUUGACAAACUUGAAAUAAAGAUUACAAUACUUUCUAAUGAAAAUAACACGUUGCUAAAAAUGAUGGAAGAAAAGCAAGAACAGAUAGAGUUGUUAAAGCAAAGAGAAGAAGAACACAGUUAAAGUUAAAAUUCUAUGACAAAAUUCCAAGAUUUGUUGGAAAAGAAAAAUCAAUUAAUCAAAUAGCUUGAAAAAUAAUUGAGAGAAGCAUAGGAAUAAAAUAAAGUGUUAAACAAUGAAAUUAUUUUCUAGCAAGAAUAAUUCACUGAGGAUAAGCUCAAUGAGGCUGUUUCGAAUAUUGUUAGUGAGAAAAACACUCUUAUUGAAUAGAUUUCAGCUGAAAAUAGUAAUUUUAAGAUAAAAAUUAAAUCUCUCUUAGAAGAAAAUAAAUCUCUUCAAGAGAAAGUAGCCAAAUAAAAUGCUAUUGAGUGGUAUGCAGACUAAUUGAAAACAACAAAAGAAACAAUAGAGGAAAAUCAAAUGAUCAAAGAUAGACAGUUAAUUGAAAACAAAGAAUUAAUAUAAGAAAUGAAGAAAAUAAUAGAUUUAAAUAAAGAAUAACUAGAGCUUAAAGAAAACAAAAUACUUUAGCUGAAAUAAACUUAUGAUAAGGAGAAAGAAGCUAUCCUAAGAGAAACAGAGCAUUAAAUCAAUGAAAAACUAGAGGAAAUUAAAGCCUACACUCUUGAAAUUGAAAAAUUUAGAGAUGAGUUAGUUUUAACCAAAAAGCAAUUGAUGGAGGAGAAAAACAGAGCAGAUUAUUUCUAGGAUUAGUUUAAAAUUUAUAUGGGUAAUUAAGAGCAUUAAAAGUUUUAAUAGGAAUAAAUUAUAAUGAAUACAUGUUUGGAAAAUAAGAGAUCUUAGCAAGAUAAAAUACAUUUUUUGAAUGAAAUAGAAGAUUUGAAAAAUAAAAAUAUUGCUGUCACUGAUAAAUUGGAUUAGAUGAUUGCUGUCAACGAUAACUUAACUGAAGUGCUUAAAGAAAAAUCGCAAGAAAUUCAAGAGCUGUUAAUUGAGAAAGAUAAGCUUUUAUACGAAAGAGAGCAGGAAUAAAUUUAAUUAGAGAGAAUUUAAAAUAAUCUUCAUCAGUUGGAAGAAGAGAGAGAAAACUUUUUAAAAGAAACUUAAGAUGUGUAUGAACUUAAAGAAAAAGUAAGUCAUCAAGAAACAAAUAGAUACAAGCAACAAAUUGAAGAUUUAAAGCUAUAGAUUUAACAAAAAGAAUUCGAAACAAAUGAACAAUUUUAGAAAAAUUUAAAUUAACUAGAGUAAUCUCAACAAGAAAUCAUCUAAUUAAAAGACCAAAUCAACAAAUUAAAUUAUUAGAUUAGCCAAAUUUAGUCAGAGGAUAGACUUAAAAUAUAAGAAAGAGUUCAUUUUGAUUCUACUCUACUUGAGUUAUAGAAAAUUAACGAGGAUAAUUAAAUAGAAAUAGCCAAUUUAAAAGAUAAAUUAUUAAAACUGGAAAAUCAGAGAGAUAAAUUGUAGAGAUAACUUUCAGAAGAAAAAGAAGAAAACGAUUUAAAAUUCAGAAAGAGUGAAUAAAAUUAUGAGAACUAAAUUGCAUCUUUAGAUACAAAAUAUAAGCGAUUAUUAGAUGAAUUUAAGUACUUAAGUGAGAGCUAUGAGCAUAAGAAAUAAGAACUGAAUUAAUUCAAGGAAGAAUUACCUUAAAUUGCAAACAAAAUUAAGAACGAAAAAAUAGAGCUUACUAAAUCAAUUGAAGAAAAAGAGAAGUAAUUAGAUAUUCUAUCAAUACAGAACAAAGUCUCUAAUGAAAAGAUAUUAGACCUUGAGAGCUAGGUUAACAUAAUGAUAAAUAAAAAUGAAUAAAUUCAGAAUACUUAUUUAGCACUUUAAACUUAAUACUAAGUACUUGAAAAUAAGUAUACAUAGCAGCAUAAAAAAAUACAAUAAUUAGAGAAACAAAAUGACAACACGAAAUCACAUUUAACAAUCUCUUUGUAGUAGGCAGAAACUUAACUAAGCUAAACUAAAAUGUAGAUUAUUGAACUAGAGACCAAAAAUAAAAGGCUGAUUGACGAUAUUUCCAGAGCUAAUCAUCUUAAGCAAUUAAUGAAAGAUCAGAUGGAGGACCUAGAAAUAAAUUUUAAAAAAGAAAUGGAUGAAGUACGAGAAGAAAGCAUAAAAGACUUAAAUAACAAGUUUGAAAGAGAAAAAAGAGAGCUGAAUUUCAAAAUAUAAAAGUUAGGAAAUUAAGUUAGAUAGCUAGAAAGUGAUAAAGAUAUAAUGAAAUAAGACUUAGAUGCAAAACAAAGAGAAGUAGAAUCAAUUACUUUGUAGCUUUAAAGAGUCGCUGAAAGAGAAAAAAACCUUUACCAAAAGUAGAGGUUAUCUUAAUACUGA